AACGCCGGGCCGGCACGAGAGGGGACAACGUGGCUGGCGGGGCGGGGCUCGGAGCCUCCCCCGGAUUCCGCACCUGGGGGCUGGAGGAAUUGCGGCGGCGGCAGGAUGCUCGCUCCGUCGCUUCGAUCCCCGGCUCCCCAGCAGCAGCUGCGCCGGCCAGAGCAGAGGCAGAGCAGAGGCAGCGCGGGCGGCUGCCCCCGAUGGAGCCGGGCCCCGCUGGGCCCCCGGGCCGGGGACUGCGCCGCGGGCGGCGGCGGCGGCGGCUGCUGCUGGCGGCCGGGCUGAGCUGCACCGUGCUGGCCCUGUACAUCUGCCUGCAGGAGCUGCCCCCGCUGGACGCGGGGCCCGGCCGGAGUCGGACGCGGCCCCCGCCGGAGGUGACCGUGCUGCUGUGGUGGGAGCCCUUCGGCCACCGCCGCCAUAUGGCCGACUGCCAGCGGCGCUUCAACAUCAGCGGCUGCCGGCCCAGCGCCGACCGCAGCCGCUACCAGGAAGCGCAGGCUGUGAUCUUCCACCACCGGGACUUCGUCCUCCACGGCCUGGGCCAGCUGCCCGCCGGGCCCCCGCAGCGCCCCCCGGCCCAGCGGUGGGUGUGGAUGAACUUCGAGUCCCCCUCGCACUCGCCCGGGCUCAGGGACCUGGCUGGCAUCUUCAACUGGACCAUGUCCUACCGGGUGGACUCAGACAUCUUCGUGCCCUACGGGUACCUCCAUGCCAGGCGGGGAUCCCCGCGCUUCAGUCUGCCCCGCAAGACCAAGCUGGUGGCCUGGGUCAUCAGCAACUGGAACGAGGCGCAUGCCAGGGUGCGCUACUACCAUCAGCUGAGGAAGUACGUUCCCAUCGACGUGUAUGGGGCACAAGGACUGGCGUUAGAGGAGGGCAGCAUGGUCAGGACCAUCUCCCAGUACAAGUUCUACCUGGCCUUUGAAAACUCCCAGCACACCGACUACAUCACCGAGAAGCUGUGGCGGAAUGCCUUCAAAUCCAGCGCUGUGCCCAUCGUGCUGGGCCCUCCCAGGUCCAACUACGAGCUUUUUAUCCCACCCGACUCCUUCAUCCACAUCGACGACUUCCCCAGUCCUAGGAAGUUAGCCAUCUACCUGAAAUUCCUUGACCAAAACAAACCCCUCUACAGGCGGUACUUCGCCUGGAGGGACAAAUAUGAUGUUCAUAUGACUUCGUUCUGGGAUGAGCAAUAUUGCAAGGUUUGUGAGGCUGUCAGGACAGCUGGGGAUCAGCUCAAGACCAUACAAAAUUUGGCCAGCUGGUUUGAAAGCUGAUAGUGUUGGUUGGGGAGGUUUUCUUUGUUGGCUUUUUCUGAGGAUGCAGUACAGUCAAACCAAGGCUUAAAAAGCACUGGUUUUCAUGGGGUCAUGCACCCGGCCAAAAAAAUAGAAGAUUUCAGAAGUGUGUCUGAGCUGUCGCUUGAGAGGCAGGAUUAAAAAUGUGUGUGAACAGACCAUCAGACCGCUAUAUGUUUGUUAUGAACUUAUGCAAUUCCAUCUUUGGGCUAUGACAGACCCAGCACUUUCUCAAGAACUUGAUUAUCUGGUCAUCCAGAGCUGAAACCCUAAAUGCAGUACAGUGUUAGAAUCAUAGAAUAUUAGGGUUGGAAGAGACCUCAGGAAGUCAUCUAGUCCAAUCCCCUGCUCAUAGCAGGACCAACACCAACUAAAUCAUCCCAGCCAGGGCUUUGUCAA